UAGAGUACUAGAGAAUUUCGGCCCUAACCAUUUUUAAGAGAGAAAAAUUUGUUUUUUUCGCUUAAUACUUUACACCAAAUAUUUUAUAUUUUAGAAAUAUUCUAAAGAAAAAUUACUAGCAUAAUUUUCUCUAGAACACUCUUCAUUGAUUGUGUGUCUCAACUGGAGGUCAUAUACUUUUUUGGCUAGCUCUUGGAUAAAUCCAUCAACCCACACAUAUCGUUGCUUGCUCGCCAAAAAAGGGUUUUCUCGUUCUCUCAUGCCUCACACCAACCCUAGCUACCAUGUCAGAUCGUCGAAGCACCAGACGUUUGCGCACAAGGUCCCAUGUCGGUGAAUCAAGCACUACCCAAGAGGAACGAUCUGUCUCUCCGUUUGUCUUUCCCGGAGAUGCCUCAUCGACCUGCUUACCCUACUGUGGACCGUAAUGAGGUCCACCUGAUUGAUGCUGCCUCCAGGAUGAGGUUCGAUGAGUGGCAACACUCACGGCUGUUACACGAGUCGGUGUGUCUUGCUCAGGACACACUGACGAACUAUGGCUAUGCAGAGGAGAUGGUUGAGCUGCUUGAGGGGACUAGAUGCCAGCACCUGCUUCAGAUGAGGGAAGAGUCUAGCCUACCACUGACCAUCAAGUUCUUAUGCUCGAUACCUGCUCUCCCGGAGAUUGAGUCACGACAGAUGACUCAUACUUUGGGAGAGAUGGUCUACAAACCUAUGUAUGGUGCAGAGCACAUAGUUUCUAACAACUACUACAAAUAUUUUGAGAUGAAUCAUGUCGUGGAAGCUUUCAUCAUUCUUCCUGGAGGAGUUGACACUCUCGAAGGUUUUUACAAUGGUAUCCCAUCAGUUUCUUUCAAUGAAGAAGAAGAAAAGAUUUUGGAGAAUAAGCUCCUUCACUCUGCAGUUGGAAGAUUCCAGCAGGAAGUUGACCUAUCAACUAUAAAGCAAUGGCUACUGAAACUGGGCUUCAACUGGUUCAAGCUGCGCAGAAUUAACACCAGAGAUAUCCUAUUCAUAUUCAAGGAGGAAGAAGACUACUUACGUCUUAUGCAAAAAAGCAUAUGGUAUGUUCAAAAUAUUCAUUUCCAUGUUCUUAAAUGGACCAGAGACUAUGACUCAAUUGAGGAAAGUCCUAUCUAUCCAGUUUGGGUCAGCUUAGAUCAUUUGCCACUGCACCUAAUAGAUUUCCAAGCUCUUUUCUCUAUAGCUAGUCUAUUGGGUAGGCCUGUUACUAUGGAUAAUUACAUAGUAAACAGAGACAGAAGAGAUGGUGCCAGAUUUUGUGUUGAGAUGGACAUUUCCAUUCCCCCACCUCCAAAAAUCCAUUUUAGAAUUGGGGGAAAGGAUAAAUUCAUUAAAUGCAACUAUGAAGAUCUGCCAUCAUACUGCUCUCACUGUAAGAAAUUUGGGCACAAAUGCUCCCCUAAUCCUGUUUCAAAACCCACCGGAACAGUCCCCUCCGGCAAGGGUAAAAGGGGCAUUUUGCACGAAGAACAAAUGAGCUGGGAAACUACUAAAGGAAAAAGGACAAAGGGAAGGCAAGGGUUCACUGCAGGACAUGGUACACAGAAGGAUUAUGGGCCCAAAAAAUUUGAAUGGAAAUUAAAAGCCUCAAAAUCCUUUUUCUCUGCUAAUCUAAUUGAUUUGUUAGAUAGUUACAAAGAGGAUACUUCCAAAAUAGUGGCAACCCCUUCAGCCCCACAGCAGUCUUUACUGACCCUACCCACUGCAGCAAGAGAAAAAGAUAAUAAUAUCAAUCAGUUCCCAUCCCUCUCAGAAGCCAAGGCAUAUGCUGACAAAACAAAGGCAAAUCACUUUAGAAGCUUUUCAUCCCCUAAAAAAGGUGCACAUAGGGAUUUCAAUAGGUCCUUGGAAGCCUGCAUUUUUCCACUCACCCCUGAAUCUGGAUCAGCCAUGUUAAGUGCAGAAUCAAUUUCUCCUAAGCUCAAUGGGAAUCACAAAACAGAUGGUCACUCAGGAUCUCACUCAGAUAGUGGCUCUUUGAAGAACAUCUCAGACAGAAAUACCAUGAAGAAUUUUCAGAUAGUUAUCCCCUCUCCAAACGCCACAUCUCUGCAAAUUUCAAGGAAAAAAAUAAUUAGGAUUAGAAGCAAUGGCAAAGUGCUCAGGAGGCUGGACAGGGUGUUAGUGAACAACCUUACUAUGGAUGAUUUUGAAGAUAUUUAUGCUAAACAUCUGAGCAAAGCUACUUCUGAUCACAAUCCUAUCCUCCUCUCUUGCAUCAAAACAGAUAAAGGGGGACCAAAGCCCUUCAGGUUCAUCAAUGCUUGGGGUAACCAUCACAGUUUGCAACAUAUGAUCACCAAGGUGUGGAACACUGGUUUUCAUCAUGGAGGAAUGCUUGGACUUUCCAACAAGCUGAAGAGCCUCAAAGUACAACUAAAGGAAUGGAACAUCAGUUGUUUUGGAAACAUUUUCUUAAAUCUUAAGAAGGCAGAGGAAGCAGCUGUACAAGCUCAACAAGCCUAUGAACAGGAUCCUAGUGAGAAAAACAGAGAAGAAGACAAUAAAGCCAGAGCCAAACUCAUUUUGGCAUGUGAUAAUGAGAAAGAUGUUAUUAGUGCUACGCAAGAAUUCUUCUUGGGGAUCCCCAUUCCCAAAAGUUAUGGUGCUACUUUCAUAAGUCUUAUCCCUAAAAAGGAUAUUCCUAAAGACUUGGGGGAUUACAGACCUAUAUCCCUAUCCACCUUCAUGAGUAAGAUCUCUACUAGAAAUCUUGCAGACAGGCUACAAAGGAUCCUACCUAAGAUUAUAUCCCCUGAACAGGCAGGCUUCCAGAGAGGAAAAGGUAUAGAGGAACAGAUACUUCUGGUUGAAGAAUUUGUUCACAAAAUGGACUACCAAACUAGAGGGGGUAAUACAAUUUUAAAGUUGGACAUGGCCAAGGGUUUUGAUUAUCUGGAAUGGGAGUACCUUCAAGGCAUCUUACACAAUUUUGGCUUCACAGAUCAGGCACAACACCUACUGAUGGCUAAUCUUAAAGCUACUCAUUUCUCAGUUAUGAUAAAUGGCAGUCCAAAGGGUUUUUUUAAGAUGGCUAGAGGGGUAAAACAGGGGGACCCACUCUCCCCACUGCUCUUCAUCAUAGCAGGAGAAGGGCUGUCCAGAAUGAUUAAGCACCUCAUGCAUACAAACUAUCUUCAAAGAUUUAACACUGGAAGGGACCUACUUAUAAGUCAUUUGGCUUAUGCAGAUGAUAUUAUUAUCUUCUGUAAUGGGAGUCUUGGCAAUAUGACUAGAAUUAAGGAGGUCCUUCAGAUCUUUAUGGCAGCCUCAGGCCAAGAAAUAAACCUGAAUAAGAGCAGAUUCUAUUGUGGAAAGGGUGUCAAACAUGACUCAAUACCUAAAAUAGAGGACAGAUUGGGUAUGAAACAUGGAGCUUUACCCUUCAAAUACUUGGGAGCCCCAAUCUGUAAGGGGAAACUGAAAAGAAGGGACUGUGGGAUGGUUACUGAGCACUUUAGAAAGUACAUUGAGAGCUGGUAUAGAAAAACUCUAAAUCCUAUGGGGAGGUUAAUCCUAAUCAAGCAUGUACUUAGCUCUAUCCCCCUACAUCUGAUUGCUGUGCACAUUCUUCUAAAGUCUGUUAUCAACACUCUACACUCCAUGAUGAGCACUUACCUGUGGGGAGUUGAUAACAACAAGCUAAGAUAUCACUAGAAAAAUUGGAAGGAUUUAUGCACCCCUACAACAGAAGGAGGACUUGGAAUUAGAGAUCUUAAGGAUCUUCAACAAGCAUACUCAAUCAAGUUAUGGUGGAACU